UGCUUUACAUGAUCAAUUUCUUUUCAAAAAGAGUACACGCAUAUGUUAAAAUAUACUGUAAACUAAAAUCCAUUAUUCUAUGGGAAUUGAUUUUUACUAGGAUUAUAUGUAGUUGAUUCGUGACACAUAUUCCUGCUAUUAAUUAGAUAUGAGUGUACGUAUAUUAGAAAUUUGUACUGUUACAGUUUUAAAAUGUUCCACACAUUAUUUAUUGAUAUGGCGAUUUAAAUAUCCCAAAAAGUUUUCACCAUCAAAAUGAACCUGUUUAAAGGCUAUUACAAGCUUCUAAUUUGGUUUGUAUGACUGCAUCAUUGUUCAUGUAAACCGUAUGUUCUUCCCGCAUAACCAUAAAUAUGGUCGGUCAAUUUCCAUUCAGUUUCUCCAUCAACUUAAUGAGACAAAAACUGCUUUCGGUCCUCGGUUUUGAAAACUGCUCAUUGUGGAGAGAUUUAAAUGCAGAGAACCUUGUAUACAUUAUGUGUGAAAUUAGACACAUUUACUUUUCUUUGCAUGGUAGCACAUAAUCGUUUAAAAGAUCAUGGUUGACUUACAGUUUGUUGUCAUUCUAAUUCUCCAAUAAGAAUUACAGUAUCUACCCAUACAUUUUCUGUCCCGCUUACAAGGGUCAAAGGUGCUGACUUUGGUACACCUAAAUUGUUUGCCAGCCAAUCACAUGGCAAAAAUUGACAAACAACCAUUAACCAUUUAGCAUAUUUAAUGGAGGGUGAUUUGCUAAGCAAGAAAUUAGCCAAAAUUAACAGUAAGUGACCUGUGACUACCUUAAAAUUUAUUAGCAAGCGACUCCAGAUUAACUUUUUGCCCACCAUUGACAUUUUUCCUUUCAAGUUAUAUGUUGUACCUGUUUAACUUUCCCUCCCAUUUAAAUGAUAGAAAUCCAAUUCAUUAAAGUGGAAGGACAGUGCCAUUGACCGAUUAAUAUUCAUUCAUUCACCCCUCCCAGUCCAAAUGGAUUGGACAUCUUGCACCAUCAAUGGCAACCAGUGAGUUAAAAAUGAAGGGAACCUAGAAUGCCCCAAAAUUAAUUGGAAGUGACCGACCAACAGUCUACAGGAAGUGCCUCAUAAGAGCUCAAGGCAUCACCAUCCAAUUUAUCCAGAAGUAGCAUUUUCUAGUUUAACUUAAGAAGCUUGUUUUUGGAAUAUGAGAGUAAACCAGAGUACAUGACAAGGGGAAAAAACAUACAUGCAAAGGUAGAGCAUGUAAAAAAAUGUAGUACAAAAGUUAGCUAUUACAAUGAUUUUUAAAAAUGGUACGAAACAGAAUGAACUUUUAGAACUAAGACUUGCUCUUUGGGCACCCCAAUUACAUUUCAUGUCACACACAAAACCACUGGCACUUUGAAUUGAUCGACUUUUAGGGGCAGAGAGAGAAAUCACUACCUAGGGCAAUAGAGCUACCACCCUCACCACUCAACUAUAAGGGGGACAAGUGUGCAAUUAAAACAAAGAAACAUUGUGGCACGUGAAUUAUAUAGCUCGAUAUGUACAUAAUUAGCGAGAUUGAAUUGGAAUUGAAGCAAAGAAAAACAAGUCAGGGUGAAAAAAAAGUACCUGACACUAGUUUAAUGGAAUUUAGAAUGAAGCUACAACCAAUGCGUAAUCCAACCAAGAUAAGUAAGGAAAACUAUAUUUUCAAAACGAGAUGCAAGCCAUUGCUGAGGUCAAAAGGUUAAUAUGUCUGCCACUGAUUCCUCUCAUAGCCUCUUAUUUUGCUGUCAAUUAAAACGGCCCUAAAGUUUACGAUUGCGGUGAAAACGCUUAUCUUUCUCCAAAAAGUCCCAAUCAUUUGUAAUUGCACAAACAUUUUAAAAUUUCCAAAAUGUUUCUCCUUCCACAUUUUUUAUCCAAUUCAAAUAAUUCAUGCCUAAAAAAAAUAUCAGGAAAUCAAGAUGUGCAAAAGUUGUUUAAAUAGUUUUUGAAAGCAAAAUUGUUGGCCGAAACCGAAAGCCAAAUAUUGGAAACAUGGCCUAAAAAAUAAAAAACAAAAGGACGAAAAUUACACAUGCAUAUAAUCCAAUUUUUACUUAUAUAUAUAUACAUAUACAUAUAUGGCGGAAAACACUCAGGUGACUUGAAGUUCCGCUCUGAGACCACCAAUUUGGCCAAAUUUCAAAAUUGUCCGAUAUGCAUGUGUGAUACAUCACUGGGAAGCUUAAAAUCUCUAUUUUCUGGGGGAAGAAAAUUUUUUAACAGGAGGGCAUUUAAAAAAAACGAAAAAAAAAUUUAAACAGCAAAACCCUAACUGGAGGCGAGAGCAGAAUUAAACACGCCAUGAUUUUAACGAGAUAUUAUCGUGCACUUACCUGAUUUCGAUCCAAAAACUCCAUGUGACAUGUAUCAUCUAGUGUCAAGACACAGAUGUGAAUGGCCACAGCCGGAUUUUUUAGGGAUUUUAUGGGUGAAACAUCGUAAUAUAACAAGGGUCGCGAAGCAGAAAUCGCAGAAAUCAAGGAGUGGUCGAGAUGUUGUUUUUCAUAUAUUUGCCCUAUUAAAGGUUUUUUUUUUAAAUUUAUAUUUGUUUGGAUCAAUUAUUUAUCAUCUAACAUAUUGGGGAAAAUGCGUCAUUAACAAAAAAAUACAAUUAAUCGAUAGUUAUGAGGUAGAUAUCCGUGACUUUUUUACAGACACCACUUUUUUCAUUGUGACGUAAUUUGUUUAAAAGCUUAGAAUAUGCGAGUGAAUCUUUUUUUAACGGAAUAUUAGACAUCAAUAAUAAUUUUAAGAUAAAAAUGACAGACAUUUUGAUUAAUAAAUAUAAUUACUUACCUUCUUUUUAUGGCUGGGUUGAAACAAAGCGGUUGCGCGACGUCUGUAAACGGGGGUUUCCAGGGUAAAAGGAAAAAAAUUAAAAAUAGUUCGGGAGCUUAAUGCGCGAUGAAUCUGCUAUGGCAGCAUAUAGACAUAUUGUUUUAUCAAACACAACAGUUCUUUUGGCUUAAAAUACAGCAGUUUAUUUUAAAGAGGAGCAGAAACUGCUUUUUCAGUCUUGUCUGUGUUUUCCACCAUAUAUUUCUUAAAUUAUUUUAUUUCAUUAUUUUCCGAUGAAUGCCCUUUGCCUUGGCAUUGAUUCUACAAACCCAGAGGCUCGAGAAAUUCAGUUUGAAAGGUGCCGAUUCUGAUACCCUAUAGGAGGGUGCGUUCCCGGCAACAGUGAGCGUUUUGGAGCAAACUCAGGAUCAGAGGUGCUGGUGUCAUCAUAGCAUUCUGUUCGCACACGUCACGACCGAUGAAACGGUGAUGCAUGCACUUUCUUGGAAGUUUGGGACAAUCGAAAAAUGGCUCUCACACUUCCAAUUGCUAAGCUAAAUGAGAUCACGGUGUACGUUUGUGUGGAACUGCAGUUCACAACAACAACAAAAUAAACGAUUCUGUUCUCGCCGACAUAAGUAAAGUUCUUUACAAGGCUAUGACAAUCUCUCCUACUCCUUAAAAAAAAACCUGUGUUUUCAUGAGCAACAAGUGGAAUCGAUCGAAAACCAGGCAAGUGGGCCGAGUUCUUGCGGCGAUGAACCUGGGCGAAAUCGCUCCCGGCCAGAUAAAAUUGCGACUGGCAGAGGGGGUGUGGUAGUCUUGUGAAAAGAAAUGUGACUGAAAAGCAGAAGUGGUCGUGCUAUAAACGUAUUGUACUAUGUAUGCAUUCACUGUAAAUACUAUUUGUAUACUUUUCGCUUGAUUAAACUCCAAUACUCACGCACGGGCUCAAAUGCUCUGUACUCGAUGUGGCGCGGGACAUCAAUGGAAAGCAAGUUUCCGAGGUACUUCGGCUUUACUUACACCUGUCUGCUCGCAACUUCCGUUUUAGAAUUUAUUCAUUUAAAACAAGAGUGGAGCUUGAGUAACAUUACUCAUCAAAAUCCCUGAAUAGAGACAAUUUGGAAAUACAGCAUCCAUCUGCCAUCAUCACGACAGGGGAGGAUAACAUCUUCAUUGUAGCCAUGUUGCCACUGCGUGAUGGAAGGUAUGUUCUUCCUAUCCCUGCAUUUUCAUGUGUCCAGUGCUCAAAAACACUAAAGCAAAAAUCUUGCGCAUGAAACAAUUUGUUGCCUUUGAUAUUGUUAUUACGAUGAUGAUUUUAAUUAUGAUGAUCUUUAAUAUAAUUUACUACAACUACUGUACUGCUGUGGCUUCAACACAUGCAGGCUGCUAGCCUCUUGCUAAUGCAUAAAUGCAAGUGGUAGAAGAUUUUUGUUCGUUUGUUUACAGGUAGAAAAAGCUGUUAGGCAAGGGAAGACAAGUUGGUGUGCCUCAUAACAACACUUGCUGUACAUGGAUGGACGUAUAUCGAGACUACGUGCUUUUUCUACUUUAAUGACGGAAGGCUCGAUUUAUGCUCCACCUUGGUUUUAAUCACACCCUUAACUUCAUCUCUGCAGCUGGUUUCGAUUUAAGGCGUAUGACAAGGCCUCUUCAUGAUGUCAGAGCACAAAUUUUACUGAGUCCAACCCAAGGACAGGAGGGGCCUUUACUCAAGAAUGAUGCAUCUUUUGUGGGUGCUGCUUUGGUUGAUGUUCCCCCCUCUGGCUUUCCUCUCUAAUCCAGACGAAUGUAACAUUCAUGAUGCCUACAGCUCGAAUGAUGGUUUGAUGAAGUCAUUAGAAUGUCAUAACGACUACGAGUCUUAUGUCUUCUGCAAAUGGAGAGAAGGGCCACACAUACGUGCACCUCUGCAGCUCUGGUUCCACACAGAAAGCGGCAGGCAGAGGUGUGAGCCCUUUGGAGAUGAAAUCCGACACACGAACGGGCACAGAACUGUCCAAUGUAGAUAUGCAACACCUUCUUUUUCCAUUGGCAUCCAACACACGGUCUUCUUUGUCAAAGAAGACAAACAGUGCUCAUCUGGCCAACUCAAGCCCUUGGCGCUUUCUCGUCACAUGAGAGCACGCACACCAGUGGAUCUGUCACAAUAUGACACUGGUGAUGGACAUUUGUCAAUCAAAUGGUCCAGUCCUUAUCCCGUUUCUUCUUCCCUGAACACAAACCUCAUGUACCAACUUGGCUACAAGGCAGAAAAACAGGACACGUGGACUAUUAAGAAUGUGACAAGCACAGAUAUCAAACUAGAGACACAUCGGCUUCUUCCUGGUCAGAGGUAUGAGGCCAGGGUGAGGGCCCGAGCCAGUAUUGGCCAUUGGAGUCACUGGAGCCCCGUGGUGACGUGGAGGACUAAAGAAGUCAGCGGACAGUCUCCCAGCUUGGAUUGUGUGCUGGAUGGCGAAAAGAAGGUGAUGUGUAGCUGGGAGGUAAGCAGUGAGCUGGAUCACAUAAUUACCUACCAGCUGGCCUGUCAACAUAACCACAGUGCACCGUCUGAGAGCUGCUGUACCAACCCGAUAGACACCUUUGACCCCAGUAGGCAGCUGGUGCAAUACAGAUGCUUGCUGAGUGUCGCCAGUCCCGCACGUUUGCAGCUUCUUCUUCAACCGACGCGCAAGGCUAAGACGUUCAGGGCCAAUGAGCACAUUCGCCCCAGACCACCACAGCAGCUAAACGUGAGCGAGAAAGGCAACAUCUGGGUUGUGGAAUGGGCCGAACCCAGCACCGCCUCAAAAAUCAGAGUUUAUUAUCAAGUGCGCUAUUACAGGAUGGAGGAGAAGGGGUCUUCCAUCCUGCUGAACAUUUCAGAGGGCUCCACUUCCUUGAACCUCCUGGGUUCAUCACUGAACCCAUUGCAGCAAUACCAGGUCCAAGUGAGAUCUGUCGUUAUACCAGGAGAGGGGUCAUACUAUGAAGGAAUCCCCUCAGAAUGGACCAAGCCAGUAGACUGGACAUCACAUGCUGCCAUGUGGCCUAUCAACAAAAUUGUGUAUUCAUCCAUCGGCGUGAUGUCAGUUUUUGGCUUUGUGAUACUUUACUGGACCAUUCCAGCUUGUAAAAGGAAGGUGAUUCUAUGGGUUGAAACUGUUCCUUCUCCUGGCAAAAGCAAAAUCCUAUCAGAGAUCAAGUCUUCCACCAGCCAGACCCUGAUGGAAAAUGACAACACUUACAUCUGCAAAGUGCAUCAAAUACAUAGCCUGUCUACAUGCAUCUCCCCGAGCUCCUCGCUGCGGCCAACGGAGGGUGCUGAAAAUAAAGAUUUGGAGCAGGACCGACAGGACUGCAAAUGUAAUAGCCUGCCCCUCCCUGCAGAGAAGGUUAAUGGCUGUUACCUUCCAGUGCACUUCAGCGGCCCAUAUAUCCUUUGUCAGUCAUUAGACUCCAAGUCCAUGCGUGAAGAAACAAAGGUGAACGAAGUAACCCCAUCAGAUGCUCCUUCCUCAACAGUCUUCGCCACCAGUGGAAGAGGCUAUGUGUGCCUUCCCCGCGGCAGCGUCUCCGCUUCCACAUCGGAUCUGGUGUCCCAUUGGGACACCGAUUCAUUCACGCAAAAGCAUGAGCAGAACCACCAGUGUGCAGAUAACGCAGAGUCGUCCGAUAAGAUGCCCGACAGUGAUGACCCGCCUCCAGCAUACAGCUCAGAAACAUCAUGGCCCACUAUAAGGCCUUCAGGCUACUGCUUUCUGCCACCUCAAUGUUAAAGAGCAGUUAUGCAAGAUGAUUUUUGACAGUCAGCACACUUGUAGGCUGAUCAUUUUACGACUAGUGGUGUAACUAUAGGCCAAACGUAGACAUGUGUCAUGAGCAUUAGCCCCUUAAAAAUGCCCACUUGCAUGAAAAAGACAUUUUUGACCUUACACAUUCUAGCAAUAUGGAGCAAAAUACUCAGGAGUAAAGAACUGUAUCUUUCCCCUUUCUCAUACUAGUAGUAAAAGAAAAAUGUCACUGGUUGUACUAGGGAUUUUAAAUGUUCACUGGUAGCACUAGUGAGACGUUUUGCUAAUACUAGGGAUGUCCCGAUCGCAUAUUUAUGCACCUGCGUCCGAGUCACCUGAUUUUGGGAAUCUGAAGAUACCGGAUCCCGAUCCGAUACCGAAAAAAAAAAAAAGUUUUGUUUUUGUUUGUUUGUUUUCUUUUCUUUUUUUGAACGAAAGUUUCAAGCAUGUUAGAGUACUGUAUUUUUUACAUUACUUCCUCUUCUGCUUUUUCCAGGAGUGUUGCGGGGUAUAAAACGUAUAUGCAGGGAUGAAAGUGGCUAGGAACUCUUCGACACAAAGGUCGCCACGGAGCUAGAAAUCUUAUGUAUUUUUUUUUAAUUUUUUGUCUUUCAUUUUGGGGGUGGGGGGGCAAACCUCUUAAACUACUGAAAUGCAAAGAAAACUUUUAACACAGCUAUUUCUAUAACACAUACAAAAACUGAUUUUCAUUCAAAAUUGUAUUUUUUAAAUGAUUUGCAAAAUAAAAGUUAACAAAAACAGCAAUGACCCCAACCUCCAUCUCCUAAUUUUUAUUUUCCCUCAUUUCCUCACAUACUAAACGCCAAAUCUCAAUUUUAACUACUUAAGAACAUAGGAUGUACCUAUAUUAAAAUUGACGUUAAUGUAAACAUUUACUUUUUUUUUUUUUUUAAGAAAAGUGAUAGGCCUAUCAGUGCAAUUAAUGCAAAAAGUAAAGCCUAAUUUAUGUGGAUCUUAAGAUCAUAAAGACUGAACAACAAAUGUUGAUCAUACAAAUUUUAAGGCGUAUGCGACGCAGAAGACGGUUGCGGAGGUGGUCUGUCCGACCACUAAAUCAGUCGCAGUUGAGAACCGGCGAAUUAACAACACCGGUUUGCCCACUGCGUCUCGAUGCGGAAAUGCACUUUCGCUACUUCGCACAUCAACUGACUGGUUUGAUGGACUACUUCGCCGUAUACAGCCCUUGCUAUUGCACCAGAUGCCUAUUGCUAUGCCGCACAGAGACUAGCAAUCACAUUAUGAAGUCUAACCACGGGUGGAAGCCAGCAAGCUGUGGCAGCUACCUUCAAAAUGGCGUCAAGCACUAUGUCCAGCGUUUUGUCCGAGGUCCGCGAAGCAUUGUGGACAGCCUUCCAGCCAGUGGUAAGCCAUAGCAGCAGAUUUCUGGCAGCUAUGGAACUUCCCAAACUCCGUUGGAAGCCUUGAUGAUUAGCACGUUACCAUAAAAGCACCGUCACAUUCAGGAAGCGAUUACUUCAACUACAAAGUUGUCCAGGGCCCGUUCCACCAGAGGUGCCUUAGCUGUUCGAAAUGACCUGAUGGCUUUCUUUCAGACACCUCAUGGAACUGUGCCAUGGCAAAAUGAAAUGGCGUGCCGAGACACUCUCAAUCAUUGAUGAUGCAUCAAGUGUGUAA